ACGUUAAAAAAUAUGAGUAGGAGGAUUUGGCCUCUGGCCAAAGUUUCUUCUUCCGCUCGCUAUUCAGCCAAGUUCAAAGUAACCCGCGAAUAGCCUUUCGUUAUCCUACAACCAACGAAGAUUGCGAAGAUUUUAGUUUGCAGUUUGGCAUUCGCCAAUCAUCGCUACGUUCGUGGAUCGCACUUCUUUCAUAUUCUUCGGUUCGAUAUCUUCGCGGCCGACGAUAUUUUUUUUUAUAUACGUACCAUUGAUUUGUAAAUUAGUGUGCUGGGUGUAACUUGAGGACCAGCGAUGUUGAUUUUAUGUAAAUUGCAUGUUGCACAGCAGAUUAUAUGAAUAGAGUGAUUGAGAAAUAUUCCGUUGAAAUCCUUGAAGAAACUGCAACUCGAAGCCACGUGAUGAUUGUGUUAUAAAACCACACAUCUAUUACUUUCUCGCCGUGAUUCACUUAUCCACAAAUACACAAUAUCAACAUGGAUAUGGAGGACGAUAUAAGCUCAAUCGCAGAACAAAAUACAAGAUCACCUAGACGUAAUAGACGUAAUAGAAUAUCUCAUAAAACAAGUAUUAGAAAAUUUCUCAGAAAUGUUUGGCGCAAAAUCGAAGCCGAGAUUGAUGGAAAAGAAUACAAGAAUACGGAUGACAAUGGGGACCACUAUUUCUUUACAAUACUUCUUUAUUUUAAAAAUUCUUCUUUAUCUGUAAGUGGUAAGAAAGAAAUUUUUUGCGUCGAAGAUGAGAAGACAAAUAUGCAAUAUAAUAUUCAUCUAAUAUUAUUAUAUUUGCCGUGUAAAAUGUAUCGCUGUCUAACGUAUAUAAUUCUCAUUUAUAAUAUCUAAUUACUAUAUUUAUACAAGUUUUAGAAAUAGAUGUAGUUGUUACCUAUAGUUGGGAAGUAAAACUUUGUAAAAUAAUUUAUUCUUAAUAUAUAUUCAGAAGUUUUUCGGGCGUAAUAAAUAAAAAUGUCACUGAAUGGAAUAAUAGACUCCU